CUUAACACUGCAGAGCUAAGGAAUUACACUCGUAACUCAGCCAGCUCUUUUGCCGCCCUUGCCCUGGCUACGCCGACUCGGUCGCUCGCUGCUUGAAAAUAGGUCGCGAUGACAACACUAAGGAGAUUUACAUGCAAUGAUCUGUUUAAUUACAACAACGUGAACCUAGACAUCCUCACCGAGACAUACAACCUGCCCUUCUACCUCACCUACCUCGCAAAAUGGCCAGAGUACUGCUUAAUGGCGGAGGGGCCGGGCAAGCAGGCGAUGGGCUACAUCCUGGGCAAGGCCGAGGGCGAGGGCGAGCUGUGGCACGGCCACGUGACGGCGGUGACGGUGGGGCCGGACUUCCGGCGGCAGAGCCUGGCGCAGAAGCUGAUGGCCAUACUGGAGGAGAUCUCGGAGAAGGUGCACGACUGCUACUUUGUGGACCUGUUCGUGCGCAAGUCCAACGCCGUGGCCAUCGCCAUGUACGGCAAGUUCGGUUACAUCGUGUACCGCACCGUAACCGGCUACUACAGCGGCGACGAGGACGCGUACGACAUGCGCAAGGCGCUGCAGCGGGACGCGAGCCGCAGGUCGGUGGUGCCGCUUAAAAAGGCGAUACGGCCCGAGGACCUGGAGUGGGAGUAAAGGGGUUGUAAAUACCAGCCCAACCUAAACCGAACCAACGAAAACGAGGGGAGUGCAGGCAGAGGGGGGGGAGGAGGUGGCACGGCGGGCUGGAGGGGGCGUAGGUAGGGAUGGGGCUGGAGUGGGAGUGGGGAUGGGGAAGGGUGGAUUUGCGUGGCUGGGGCCUUGGUUGGGCGGGCGGGCGUGAAGUACGGUAAUGUGAGGGGAGUGCGGCGCAGUGAGAGGGUUGUGCUGGUGGGGGCAUGAGCGGGCGGGCGGGUGUCAGGGGACUUUGGGGGGGGGGAGGUGCUGCAGCAGCUGGGCGUGGCGGCCACAUGUAUGGGUGACAUUCGCCUGGA